AUUUUCUUGGGUAGUCGCCUAAAUUGUCCUUUCAUCGUCUGUCCAUCCGGCCGGCCCUCUCUUGGAUGUCAAAAGGGCGCGUUUGUACCGAUGCGCUCAGGUUCUUCUUCCCCUUUGCCGUUCUUGCCUUUUCCUCGCCUGUCCAAGGUCAAUCUGCGAGCUCAAUGCCGGCGCUGGUAGUUGCGCCAUUCCUCCUUGGGCAGAUGGGGCCGUCUCGUCCUCCCGCCCCGAGAGGGACAGGGGAGACAGCGACGCGUCUCUGCUGCCGUUUUUCCACCACCAUUACUGCGUCUCCGCCUCCGUCUGACCACAUCGCUUUGUGGUCUGCAGAAUAGUAGGAAAAUAAUAAUUGCAGUUUAAAAAAAGGGGGUGGUUUGGGAUGCGGCUGCUUACCAUUUCCUGGAUCAGUUUGGGGGAAGAUGCUAUCUUCAUUUAUCUUCCAGUUCAUUUUUUUAACAUAUCAGUAUUCAUGUUCUUCCCUGUCAAUUUGGUGCGAUUUGUUUCCUAAGGAAAGGUGACAUCUGUUCUACACUUGAUCCAUGCGGAUGCAGUACCAGUGCUUUGAGUGCUAGUACUUUCCCGGAUCAGUUGAGGUACAAGCGCCAUGGGGCUCUUAGGUAUGAUGGGCGAUUCAUUCGGGUGCUCAGCUACCGGUGAGCGACUCGUCUCUGCCGCAAGGGAUGGAGACAUUCAAGAGGCUAGAGCCCUCUUGGAGCUCAACCCCCGCCUUGCCCGGUAUUCCACUUUUGGGAUCCGGAACUCGCCACUACAUUACUCGGCUGCGAAGGGUCACCAUGAGAUUGUAUCCCUCCUAAUCGAAUCCGGGGUUAAUAUCAACCUUAGAAAUUGCAGAGGACAGACUGCUCUGAUGCAAGCUUGUCUAUAUGGUCACUGGAAAGUUGUACAGAUUCUAGUUCUUUUCAAAGCUAAUAUUCACAGGAGAGAUUGUUUUAGUGGCGCAACAGCUAUUCAUUUUGCCGCCCUUAAAGGUCAUGCUCGGUGCAUUCGGCUUCUUGUGGCUGAUUACGUGCCGAGCUUGUCAGAGUUUUGGAACGUUAUGCAUGGAAAGUCCAGGGAUGAAGCAAAAAAGGAUGUCUUCGAUGCAGUAUCUCUCCAGAGGCUAAUUAAUGGAAAGUCGGAUGGUGGCGUCACCCCGCUUCACUUGGCAGCCCUUCAUGGCCAUGCUGAGAGUGUUCAGCUGCUAUUAGAUCUUGGAGCUUCUGUCUCUGAGGUCACAGUCAAUGAUGGUUCAACUAUUGACCUCAUUGGUUCAGGUAGCACUCCUCUCCAUUACGCGGCAUGUGGUGGAAGUGCUGUCUGCUGCCAACUUCUCAUUGCAGCAGGAGCGAACAUUGGAGCUGAAAAUGCUAAUGGGUUGACUCCUCGAGAUGUGGCACGUUCGUGGCACAAAAAUAGCGUUGAAGGCAUCCUAAGCAAACAGCCAGAAGGCCGAAUACGCAUUCUUCCUUCACCAUAUCUGUGUCUACCAUUGAUGAGCAUUGUCAAAAUUGCUCGUGAGUGCGGAUGGAGAAAGACUUCUGCCUCCUCCACAUGUCAGGAUCCAUGCGUCAUAUGCUUGGAGGUGGAAUGCACGGUAGCUGCAGAAGGUUGCGGCCAUGAGUUCUGCACCAAAUGCGCACUCUAUUUGUGCUCGACCACAAGCAGCUCAACAUCUAUCCGUGGCGUUCCCGGCUCCGUAUCAUGCCCUUUGUGCCGUCAUGCCAUUGUCUCUUUCAUGAAGCUCACGAGUACCACUCCAAUAAAGGAGCUUCCAUGGACAAGCACAACACUAGCUCUAUGUGUCGCAGGCGCAAGCACUGGUUCCAAUCAUGCCAGCUCCUUGCAUCGUCGGCCUGACACGCAUCGACUGCGCUCCUCCUCGGUUCAGUUGGGAUGCUCCUCUUUUAGAUCCAUUGGCUCUGGGAAACUUUCGUCAUUCAAGUUGAACUGCACAGGAGCUGAAGAGGCGGUGCCUUGCCUCAUCAGUUGUCUCCGGCCAGGUGUGCAGCGGUCGUCAUCGUACAGGGAAAGAAUUAGGAGAUAUUCAGAGUUUUGAUAGCAGCCCUCUGUUUGUUCUCUGCCUCCCUUCCUGCGAGUUUUUGGGGUUUGGCAGAUCAAACUUGUUUAGUGUCCAUGUUUCUCUUUGCUUCUGUGUUUCUUGUCAUGUAAUAUGCAUGCAGUCCUCGUGCUGAAGAUCUGUUUGUGUACAUGACUCAUCUACUUAUAUGUGAAGUAUAUACCAUCUCCGUUUUACAAAAGCAA